GGGGCUGAGCUCCCAUUCCCAUAUCGGGAGGAUGCGAUGAGUGGCUGAACAGGUUCUAAUCCUCUGCCCCCCAGGGUGCCGCGCGCGCACACUCCAGGCAAAACUCCAGGCUUCGCAGAGUCCUGGGGCAGUAAAUAGCAACUAUGGCUGUGCCUUGGGAAGAAUAUUUCCAAAUGGUCUUGGAAGAAAAGCUGCGGACAGAGAAGCCCCCAGUCCAUGAGGAUGACUAUAUCAGCCAAGCCACCCAGCUGCUGGAGAAGAAGCAAGAGAUGGUGGAGAUGGAGGAGGCCCUGCAGGCUAAGAAGGAGGAGUUCCAGGUAAAGAUGUCAGCUCUGAAGCAGAGAAGAGAGACGCUGGAGCAGAAGGAGAAUGCCCUGAGGGAGUCUGUGGUCCGCUUUGACAAGUUCCUGAAGGACACAGAGGCUAAGCAGAGUCGGGCCCGGCGCCGAGAAGAGGAAGGGUGGCAAACAGCCGCCCAGAAGGAGGCCGAGGCCGAGGCACUGAAGGAGGAAUUGCAGGAGCUCACUCGGAAGAAGGAGCGGCUAGAGCGGCAAGAGCAGAAAUACAGACCCUUCGCCCAGUACCUGGAGCAGGUGGUGGCCCAGUCCCAGGAGUUUCAGGAGAUCCCCGAGCUGAUGGCCCGGUUCAGUGGACUCUCUGAAACUCGGGCCAUCCUGACUGAGCGGGAGCAGGCUUUGCACAAGGCCAUGGAGGACACCAGGGCCGAGCUGCUCAAACUGGUGGAGGAAAAGAAUGACGAGAUCCUGCAUCAGAAUAACCAGUUGGCCGACCUGCAGCUGCGGCUGGAGGAGGUCAGGACUCAGGCCCUGCAAUGGGAGUCUAGAUGGAUCCACAUCCAGAAUACAGCAGCCCAGAAGACUUUACUCCUUGGGCAGAUCAAGAUGGCGGCCCUCAACUUGUUCCAGACCGUCUGUAAGCAGAAGAAGGAGGUCCCUUCGUUGGCUGUGGAGGACACGGAGGGGCAGCUGGAGCAGGUACAGCGGUAUUUCCAGGACCUUUCCGCCAUGUUGGCCAAGCCUCACCAGGGAGACCCUGGGCCCCCUGCUGCUGACCACUAGGCCCAUUCCCUGAGGGGAGCUGCUGAUGGGAGAGGUAGGUCUGGGCUUACACACAUGCUCAAGUGUACACACGUGCAUGUAUGUGUGUGUCUGUGCAUCUAGCUG